GCGAAGUGCAAGUGUAUUUUAAAAGUGUCACAGAUCAAUCGAAAUUUCGACCCACGGUACACAAUGCGUGCCCAGUUCGUCGUGUCAGCUCCACUGUGCAUGUGAAACAGCGGCUACAGCCGCAGGCUAAAGGCUUUGAUAACCCGCUGGCUGCUAUAUGGCGGCAUUAUGCCGUUGUUGUAGGCCAAAAUACAUUAGUGAAAUGUAACAAAAGCGUCUGAAAUGGGAGCUGAGAAUUAGACGAAACGUUGGCUAUUAGGACAAGCCAGCAACGCACAACAACAAUAAACAGAUGCAGAUGGAGUUGGAGUUGGAGAUGGAAAACGAAAACGAGAACGAAAAGGCGAGCAUUAGCAAUGAGAAGUACAACAACAACAACAACAGCAACAAUAAUGGAAACACAGGUCAUAAUGCGAACAGUUCAAACCGAGGCACAAUGUGGCGCCCCUGGCCACUUAACACAACAGAAGUAUCUUCGCGGCGACUAUUUGCAAAAGUGCAGCACGUUCUUCCUGGUUUUAUUGCUCAGCUAUCUUGGAAUUGGAGCGCACACAACAACAGUGCGAAGAACAAGAGGACAAGCGCAGCAGGAACAGCAGCAAAAGCACCAAAAGCAGCAACAGCGCAGAGUUGGGGGUUCUUUAAUUGCUUGGCCCAUUGAAUAUCCGUUGCGCCUCCAUUCAACGACUUCUCCUGCUGCUGCUGCUGCUGCUGUGCAAUUGUUGGUAGCAUUCAAUUAUUUCAAGUCAACAGAUCAAAGGCAUUCACCAGGAUAAGCAUACAGGAAAUAACUGUGUGCAAUCUGAAAUCUGAACCUAAAAGUAAUCGCAACAAAAGAAGAAAAUAAACAAUUGCUUACUUCAACUAGCCAUGGAAUUUAAAACCAUGAAGCGUUAAAUUA